CACACAGCCUGAGUUAGUGUCCACGCUGCAUGGAGAGGCGUGCCGGUCUUUAGUAGGAGUGUCACUACAACGACGCACGUUUGACUUCGGUGAACGUUAGCUUCUCGUUAACUGUCGAGGAACUGACGCUAACGUCCAUUUUAUCCCAACAAUUUCCAUUCAGUUGGUUAUAAUCACAUUUAAAUAUGGAUGUGAGCAAACGCAACGCUUAGUACCUGAGCUUCUAAGCGAGGCGCACCACACCAGAGAAGUUUUACAUAGAAGCUUGUGAUGAUGGCUCCGUGGAUGUCCUGGCUGUUGACAGGGUGUCAACUGAGAUGACUCUAACAGUGAGACAGGAUGUCCCUGCAUCAGCUGAGACCAGGCCAAUAUGUGGACUGAUGGGAACUAUGCGCUUAGUGGCAGGCAUGUACCUGGUUGUCAUCACAAAGAAGAGGAAGGUGGGAGAUCUGCUGGGCCAUGCUGUGUGGAAGGCUCUGGACUUUGACGUAAUCUCCUAUAAAAAGACAAUACUGCACCUCACAGACAACCAGAUGCAAGACAACAAGACCUUCCUGUCCAUGAUUAACAGCAUGCUUCAUACAGACGGUUUCUACUUUGCAACCGACUAUGAUCUGACACACACUCUGCAGCGCCUGGCAAACACCAGCCCAGAGUUUCAGGAGAUGAGCCUUCUGGAGAGGGCAGAUCAGCGUUUUGUCUGGAACGGACACUUGUUGAGAGAAUUCAUAGCACAGCCAGAGCUGCACAUGUUUGUGUUUCCUGUUGUCCACGGCUUCAUCACUGUGAAGUCAAGCUGCAUCAAUGGAAAGGUGUUUGAGUGGAGCGUUAUCUCCAGGAGGAGCUGUUUCAGAGCAGGGGUCCGCUACUAUGUCCGAGGCAUUGAUUCAGAAGGACAUGCUGCUAACUAUGUGGAAACAGAGCAGAUAGUGCAGUACAACGGUGCAAAGGCUUCAUUUGUUCAGACCAGAGGCUCCAUCCCCUUCUACUGGUCCCAAAGGCCCAAUCUCAGGUACAAACCAAAACCACAGAUCAGCAAAACAGUGAACCAUCUGGAUGGAUUCCAGAGACACUUUGACUCCCAGAUCAUCCUCUAUGGAAGACAAGUCACUUUGAACUUGAUAAACCAAAAAGGCUCAGAAAAGCCGUUGGAGCUGGCAUUUGACAAGAUGGUCACAAACUUGGGUAAUGGCAUGAUCAGGUACAUAGCUUUUGACUUUCAUAAGGAGUGCAGUCACAUGAGGUGGCACCGCCUUCAGAUCUUACUGGACACGGUUGCUGAAAUGCAGGAUGACUUUGGAUAUUUCCUAGUGGAUGCAGAUGGAAAGGUGCUGCUAAAUCAGGAAGGAACUUUUCGGAGCAACUGCAUGGACUGUUUGGAUCGUACAAAUGUCAUCCAGAGCCUGCUGGCCCGACGCUCUCUUCAGUCACAGCUGCAGAGGAUGGGAGUUCUCCACAUAGGCCAGCGGAUUGAAGAGCAGACAGACUUUGAGAAGAUGUACAAGAAUGCCUGGGCAGACAAUGCUGACGCAUGUGCCAAGCAGUAUGCUGGAACUGGUGCCUUAAAGACUGACUUCACUAGGACAGGAAAGAGAACACACUGGGGACUGCUGAUGGACGGCUGGAACUCAAUGAUCCGCUAUUACAAAAACAACUUCUCUGAUGGCUUUAGACAGGACUCCAUCGAUUUAUUUCUGGGGAACUAUGUUGUCGAUGAAGCUGACUGGACCACUCCACUGCGAGACCCCAAGGACUGGAAGUUUCUGACAUUGCCCAUCAUCAUGGUUGUUGCCUUUUCCAUGUGUAUAAUCUGCCUGCUAAUGGCCGGUGACACGUGGACUGAGACGCUGGCUUACGUCCUGUUCUGGGGAACAGCCAGUGCAGUAACCGGUGGGCUUAUCCUCUUUUAUGGACGGGACUUUGUAGACGCUCCUAAGCUGGUCCAGAAGGAGAAGCUGGACUGAAUGCGUGUGUGUGGAAAGCAGCUGGGCCCUCGCGAACUCACCACCUCAUCCUCUACCUCGUCAUCACUUUAUUUGCAUCAGCGGGCCUGGAGCCUUUACUAACGCUGGAGCGAGGAGGUUGGUGGGCAGCGAGGGUGGCUUUGUGCACGGCAGCAGGAGAGACUGAAGAGUGCACAGGCCUGCUGCUCUCCACACUGUAGUGGACUGACGGUCUGUCCACAGGCUGAACUUGACACUGAACCUCAGGAGUUGUUCUGACCCGAUGACUUUGUUCCUCAUUUAACUGGAAUGCUGUGGACCUGUUUAAAUGUAUUUCUUGUUGUUCUCCACCUCAUUCCUUUUAUGAAAACAUGGGAAUCAGACUUCAAACAGCAUAGCUGUGAAGAUAUUCCUCUCAAUUCUCCUUUCUUAGUUUUGCAGAUGUACAAAUGUCGAUUCACAUUCUCAUGUAGAACUGGUGUGUCCGAGGUUAGACACUGCCUGUGUUUCAUACUCUGCGUUUUAAGAUCAGUAUUAGCUUUAACGGCUCUCCUGCUCCAACAACUAUUUCUGCUGUAUAAAUCUGCAUGAGUGGUCUUUAUCAUUUCAUGUGAUACUCAACAGGUGUUUGUGAUUAGGUCAUCAGUCACAAAUGAACCCAAUUUUCAAAAAAUGAUUUCCAGACUCUUAAUAAUGUAGCAGCUGCUGUAGCAGGUACUAAAGUACCUACGGCCUCAUUCGAGAGACAGCUUGGCGACCGCCUGGGCAUCAUCCGUCUCCAGGAGACGUUCCUCUAAGAAGUCGGGUUGUAUCUGCGGGCAACCUCAGCAGCCUGCUGGUGAACAAAGCUGCAUCUGAUCUCAGUGUUGCAUACACAGGAGGCCCGCAGAGUGUUUUCUUUUCUGGAUUUUUUGCAAGGAGGUAUCCAAGUGUGCUCGUCCUUCAGAAUCCAGUCAGCUAGAACAUGAUUUAUGGUUGUGGUGUUAAAAUGGUCUGUUGAUGAAAAUUACCCAAAAGGACCUUUUAAGAAGAGGAUUUAUUCUGGAAACCCUGGACCUUGAGAAAGAAAGUUGUGUCAUUAACUUGUUUUCUUGUAUUACAUUAAGGGAACUGUUUUUGCAUGUCACGUCACCAGAGAAAAAAUACUCCUCUGACUUGAAAUCCUAAUCUGAAUAAAUCUGUUUUACCGUGGUACUAAAGGAUAAAUCUACACAGUUUAUGCGAAACAUUAUUCUCUUCACAGAGACACCAUCGUGGCUGACAGUGUACUGAUGUUAGGGCCGUGUCAUUUCUUUGGCUCCAAAUUAAAAAUGACAUUUAUAAAAAUGUUCCUCCUCUAGGUCUGUGCAUGUUCAUGCGUUUUGAAAACACGCCUGGAGUCUUCAGGAUCACUUCAUUUCAAUUCAAAUGCUUUAUGUGCUUUAUAUGAUCAUUAUUAUUAUUAAUAAGACAAACCCAACAAUCAGCACUGUUGUGACAGUGUGAAGAACAAACCCGAGCUCAGCUGGCAGGCGGCUGUGAGGGACAGCAGAGGGACCCGUGUGGAGCUACGUCGGGGUUGGGAAAAGUUUUGCUAUUUAAAAUUUAAAAAAUGUGUUUAAAAAAACUAAUGAAUUAUUUUAUUUUGAAUAAAUUUGGUUUUUC